AUAUAUGUAUAAUAUUCGGAUAGUAUUUUGUGUGUGAAGUAGUAUAAAUAAGAGAAAAUUUACUUGUACUUAGGAAAAGAAAGAGUCUGCUUUAAUUAAGGCUGUCAGACAACAAUAAAUCAUUAGUGCAAUUGUGAUUUUAGCCAAUAAAUACAAUAAUAAUACGACAUAAUACUUGCAAAACAAGAAACAUUCUCAAUUUGAACUGAAUCGGAAAAUUUGGGUAGAGGCUUUUGACGAUAAUGUCAGCUCCAUUUGCAUCAAAGUUGUUCGAAAAUUCGAGCAAUAAUACCGAUGGCUGGGAAGAAUGGGACUGGGUUGACAAUAACAAUGUAUCGAAUGCGACAAAAGGUCAACAACAACAACAACCACCACCACCACAGCCGCAAUUUAUUCAACAGUCAACUCCGGUAGAUUUUACGACCGUUCAAAAUAUCCAACCACAAAGAACAGUCGAUAAUGCUGCAAAUUACUUCAAUCCGGUCAGUCAAUUUCCGCCACCAACAGUGGAUCACCCCAAAACGCAAUCACUGUCAACAAGCGGACAGUUCACUGCCUCGCAACCGAACAAUAAUCAUAUAAAUAGUACUAGUGGAUUUUUUCAAGAUAAUAACAAUCCGACUCAGUUUCAGCAUCAGGAUUCAUAUGUGAAUAAUAAUCAAAGUGCAAAUAAUAAUUUUGUGCAAUCGGCAAUGCCAAACUAUCAACAUGUUCCGAGUUCAAAUUCAAUAGGUUUUAUGCAAAUUGAGAGUCAUGAAACAACUGUGCCUCCCGUGCCACCUCGAACUCCACUGGCUGCUUAUUCGCCUAUUCAAAAUGCACCACAAAAUGCUAAAAUGGAAAGUGGUGUUACAACAUUUCCGAAUACAGAGGUGCAAAGUCCACAAGCUCCAUCGACAGAAUCAUUAUCAAGUGCAUCCAGUGUUCCGGUGUUCAGUAACAGUGUAUUACCACCAGUUUUACCUCCACCAUCACUGAAUCAGUCACCGUUCGCAAAUACUAACCCAUUUAAACGAGUCGGUUCACAUGCACAUAGAACACCUCCUCCACCACCCAUAACCGCACCAUCGGUGGGUAAUACCACAGCUGACAUCUUCGCCAACCAGACAUCAUCAUCACAAAGAGUUUCACAUUCGCAAGAAACGAACGAGCCCAUUACACAUAACGACCGAAAUGAGUAUUUGCAAACUGGCCAUUUGUCCGAAGAACAUGGUGAAAACAAUGUGAUUGUGCCCAAUACAGAGGCACAGGUGCAAUACAGUUCAAGUGAUGGAAAUGGAGAUAGUUUGCCUCCGCCAGGCUUAUCUAGAUUUGUGUUAGGCGAACAAGAAACGAAUGAAUCAAACAACAUACAACCACCUCCUGGAUUAGAUCGUUUGGUAACUGGUACAGAAAUUAACCAAUCUGAUAUCAAUUUGGAGCGCCAAGCUGAUGGUCAAGAUAACAAUACACCGGUGCCACAAGUCAUUCGGAGCAAUAGUCAAUUUUCAAGUGUUCAAACACCGUCAACUGUCGCGAAUUUAUCACAAUCACUUUCAAUUGAAAAUCAAAGCUACGAAAUCGAUAGCUUUGAACCAAUAUCUGAAUCUGAUCGUAAUCAGUAUUUAGUAGCCGGUGAAAAUGUUGUUGAUAAUAAUACAAACGCAACUGCUCCCAUUCAAAAUUUAUCGAACACGAACAUUCAACGAGUUGUAACUGGAUUGGAGAAUGUGGAGAAUCAAGAUCAUUUUUUGCCACAACGUCAACGUGAAUUAGAUAUGGAUGGUGAAAAUGUCGAAGAUAAUCAGCAACAGCAACAGCAACAACAACAGCAACAACAACAACAACAACAGACUCAAAAUCGAUUUUCAAACGCAACGAAUACAUUGUCACAAGCAGAUUCCGUGGAAGACUUAGAUACAUCUGGAAACUACAAUCAAAAAAAUCAAUCGAAUCCAUCAUCGGGUGAUGACAGCGAUCGUGAAAAAGCAUUUUACAGUCGAAAUAAAGGUCAAAACAAUAAAAGAGUGGAAGAAAGACGCAAAAAACGAGUUGAAUCAAGAUACGAAACGGAGGACACUGACCAUAGCAUGCGAGAAAGACGACGCCCGAAAGAAAGCGAUCGGUACGUUGAAAAGGAACGGGGACACCGUGGACGCAGUGCUGAUAUUGAUGAAAAUGAUAGUCGUGCAUAUCGUGAUCGAGGUGAAAAACCAUAUCGCGGAGAAAAACAAUUUCGACCACCCAGCCGAGACGAUGAAGACCGAUUUGAAGGGCGUCAUAGAUAUGGAGAAGGACGAACGAAUCGUGAGAAUAGAUAUCGCUACGAAACGGAUGGUUCACAUUAUGACAAAGAAGACUCGCGUCAUGAGCGUAGUCGACGUCGCAAUGACAGAGAAAGAGAUAACUACGGCAGAUACCGUGAUGAUAGAUAUUACAAAUCAAAAGAUUAUGAGCGUGAUCCGAGAGACGAAAGAGAACGUUAUCGACGCGACGAUAGAUAUUCGGAUUAUGAUAGCAUGAAUAAAUCACGACGCAAGAAAGAACGAUCCGGAAAUGGAAGCGAACGUGGUGACUAUCCACCAGGCUAUUAUCACCCGACAAUGCAACAGCCAUUUGGCUAUGACCCAUAUUCAGCUUACUAUCAACAUCAACAAUAUUAUGAAAAUUUACGACGUACAAAUCCGAUUGCUUAUGCUGAAUGGUAUAACCUCUAUUUUGCUAACCAAUUGCCAACAGCCGCUUCAUUGGCCGCUUCAGUUGCUACCGCUGUGAGUGAUCGUGGUAGAGAAUCCGGUCGAGAAUCGGUGCAUUCUGGCCGAAGCUCAUCAAAGGAUAACGACAGGUAUAUGUUGUCGGCAACGCACAGUUUUUAUCAUUCGUACGGUGCGAAUCAAAUGCAUUCUCAUGCCCAGCAGUUGUCACAUAAUCAGUUUAGUAAUCAUCAUAAUUCAACAAUGUUGGACAACGCGUUGACAAUAUCGCACCACAGCCAUCAACAGUAUUAUGCAUCUAGUGAUAUUGGUUCACGUUCGCCUUUUCCACAUAAAUUAACUCAACAAAAAAUAAUCUCUAUGGAUGGAGCUCAAACGUCGAUGGAACCAGAAAGAUUGACCCCUAUGAAAUUCACGUCAACUCACAGCUCAGCCUCCUUCCAGAAUGGACUAUUGGUUUGUGUCAAGCAAAAAUAUUUGCCAACGAAUGAGAUCCAAAAUAAUGUACAUCUCUUGAAAUUUGCACUCAAUAAUCAGACGAAGCGUUUGUAUCAAACGUUCCCUGGCCCAUUGACCCCAGUCACACACACCAAACAAGUAAUUGACUUUUGCUUGGACCAAAUUCGUAACGGACCCAAUAUUUCCAGUUUAAACUCACGUUCAACUAGCAAUUCAAUGUCCAGCUUGCAAUCGGUAGAUCCAUCGAGUCGUGCUUCGUUUGUAUUGUUGUGGAAUUUUCUCAUUUUAUUAUUGCGACAACGUGGUGUUUUCGUUGGCUCAGACAUUGCUGAAUUACUAUUGAAAAACAAAGAGGAAUUCCCAUAUGAGCAACAACAAUUGAAUAGCACAAAAUUAUCAGUUGCACAGAAAGAUAGCGGUGAACCAUUGUCUGAUGUUGAAUCGAAAGAUGAAAGUAACGAUGCCUUUUCCAACGAUAGCGAACAAACGAGUCUCAGUGAAAAAGAAGUAACUGAAAAGUUUCGUGAAUUUUUAUUAUAUGGCAGUAUAAAUGAAGCUCUCGAAUGGGCAACCGAAAACAAUUUAUGGGGUCACGCAUUGUUCUUAGCAUCAAAAAUGGAUCGUCGAUCGCAUGCAAAUGUUAUGAUUAAGUUUGCUAAUAAAUUACCACUAGCCGAUCCCCUUCAAACCCUUUAUCAGCUAAAAAGUGGAAGAGUUCCACUUUCAGUAACGAGUACACAGGAUGAAAAAUGGGGAGAUUGGCGUCCACAUCUUGCUAUGAUUAUAUCGAAUCCAUCACAAUCAAAUACUGAACUAGAUCGCAAAGCGAUCCUAACAAUGGGAGAUACACUUCACAAUCGUGGUGAUCUUUUUGCUGCCCAAUUCUGCUAUCUAAUGGCCAAAAUAGAAUUUUCAAAUUAUUCGGAUGUCAAACAUGAUGCGUCGGUGAUCUUAAAUAGUACCACCAAUGCAGUGAGAUUGGUACUUCUUGGUGCUUCGUGUUAUAAAUCUUCGUUCGGUGAAUUUGCCACAGACGAAGCAAUUAUCAUGACUGAAAUCUAUGAAUACGCUUGCACAUUGGCCAAUAGCCAAUAUUCGAUUGUCGAAUUUCAACCGUAUAAAUUUCUAUUUGGCACACGUAUGCUUGACUAUGGAUUUCAUUUAAAAUCACUUUUAUACAUGGAACAGGUGGCACACCACAUACAAAAGAAUCCACAUCAAUAUGAGCGUUCGUUUAUCGAAAAAGUAUACAGUAUGGCCGAUAAGUUGAAGUAUUAUGAUCCAGUCAUGGAAAAAAAUUUAGAUGGUUUAAAUGAAGACGAAAAUGGUGGCCAAUUGCAGUGGCAAUCAGAUUUAUUGAAUAUAUUGGGUCAAACCCCGAUCGCAUCGAAUAAUGAAAUGCAUAUGAAUCUGCAGCCACCUCCAGUGACAAACAACGCAAGCGAAAUUGAUCACGAAUUUUCGCAAAUCAAUCAACAAUUUCAAAAUUUAAAUUUGCAAUAUCAAAACUCUACAUAUGAAUAUAGCAACGUGGGAACUGAAGCAUCGCCGCUCCAACCAAAUGACGUGAAUACAGUUCCGAAUUAUAUAGAUCCAGCCAAUCAUUAUAAUAAAGCAAGUUCAUAUGAACCACAACAACCAACUGAUUUCUAUGGACAACAACAACAGCAACAUGCACCACCACCACAACAACAACAACAACAACAACAACAGCCGCAGCAGCAACAACAACAACAUGAAUUCUCUGGAAGUAAUGCAAGUGGUUAUCCAGAUCAACAAGCACAACAAAUAUACCAGCCACAUACUUACAACGAUCAAUUCGCUUAUGGACCAUCAAGCUAUGGAGCUAGUGAGGCGAACCAUGAACGAAAUGUAUAUGAAUCGAACAAAAGUCAAAGUCACUUUGACAUCACAACGGGACUACAGUCGUCACAUAAUGCACUGCUAAAUCGGCUGUCUGAACAGGAAGAUGAAGACGAUGACGGAGACUAUGAUGAUGAUGUAGAAGAGGGUUAUGACGAUGAUUUAUUGGACAACGUACCGAAGCCAACUAUUUCAAUGCCAAACUCACUGUCAAACAAGCCGGGUUUCUAUGAUGAUGCCGAUUCAAGUGUAACUAAUAAUCAAAAUGGUUCUGAAAACAAAACUCAAGAUCCAAAUAAAUCUGCGUCGGAUAAUAAGAAAAAACCAACACCAAAUGGAACGAAUGACAAUGCAAAAAGUGGUUGGAUUGGUGGAAUCUUCAAUAAACUUUCGUUCAAGCCGAAAAAUCAAAUGAUAUUGCCAGAUGAUAAGAAUCCAAGUAUAAUUUGGGACGAACAGAAUAAGAAAUGGAUUAACAAAGAUCAUGACGAAGAUGAAAAAGAAUCCUUUAAACCACCACCAAAAUUGACCGAACUACCUGCAAUGGCACACAUGCCAACUGACUCGAGUAAUAUUCCAAACAUUCCAGCUGCUGAACCAAUGAAUUCAAUGCAAUCAUACGGCAAUCCACCGAUGCCAAUAUUGAAUAAUCAAGACAUGAAUCCACCAAUGAACAGUAACAAUGAUGCGACAGCAGCCUCUAGUGUACCUAGUCUCCAGUCAAACAUGUUCAAAAUGCAAAGAAACAAAACUCUUAAAAAGUCAUAUGUCGAUGUAUUUAAUCCAUCCGGAGCUGCUCCAAGAAAUGAUGCUCCAAUUUUAGCGCCCAUGAUGCCAACAUUACCAUCGCAACAAAAUUUCUUUGUUCCGGCUGCAGUUCCAAACUCCAACCAACAAAACCAAGACGACCAGCCAGCAUUUUACAACCCAAAUCAAUAUGGAGGAUAUCCGCAACAGUAAA